CACAAAACCAAGGCCUGUCAGCUCUGCAGAUCCCUCUCUUCUCAGGCCCGGAAAAACCGUGAGUCCCGGCUCACUUCGGCGAUUGCCCUAGGCAAGGUGCAAGAGGGAGGUUCGCGGUCAUCCUCUGUCCCGCCUUCAGCGCCCCCCGCUUCAUCUUCUCGGGCCAGUGUGUCCAGUGUUACAUCUGGGAGGACCGCCGUCCCCAGCAUGGUGUGUGUCCCGGCCGGGACAAUCCCUUCCACCACCUCCGAUGUGGCCCGUGGCUCAAAACCGCCCAGCGCCACCGACCCCUCCAAGCGCCGCCACAAGUCUUCGGGGACUGAGGGUACCGAGCCGGCCUCCAAACUGAUGAGGAGAUCGGAGGGCUCGCAUUCUAAGAAGGCUACCAAGCCAGAGGCCCAUCUCGCCUCGCCUUCGUCUUCCAAGGCAUCCAAGCCAUCUCGCCACGCUCCGAAGCCUAAAGAGCUGGCUGUGCCUUCGGAAGGAGCAAGGUCUCCAAGACCUUCCUCGUCGGCAGCGGCUGCUGUCCUCCUAGACCUCCCGGACAAUCCGUUCUUCCCAGCGGAGGAGGUUCCCAGGCCUGGGAAGAAGAGGCACCACGACAAGUCGGGUCGUGAUCCUGCCCCGAAGAAGUCCAAGUCUUCGAAGGAUCGGCCCACCACCGACCCGCCGAAGACGAAGGACAAGAAGCGCUCCCCUUCCAAACAGGCCCGCGCUUCCACUUCGGCAGCUCCACGCGAUCCGGAGCCUGCGCCGGGGGGUCGAUGGACUCCGGUACCAGAUACGCCACCGCCUCAGCCCACCAUGGACUUUGUCCACGGGACGGAAGACACCGUUCUUCCCCUCUCGCUGGAACACCGGUCGCCUUCCCACUCUGGCACCGACAACGACGAGGACCAGCCCCAUAGGCAAGGGAUACCGGACCUGUUCCUCGAUACGCAAUCUGGCCGGUAUUAUUUAUCGAUUUCUGAGGACAGAGCGAUGAAGGAAUUCACCAGGCUGAACCCCCAUCCUGCAGACCACGGCACCUCGUCCAGAUCGGUCCCGACCGUAUCUGUCUACGAGAGAUCUCCAUCUCCACCUCGCAG